UUCUUCUUCUCAGCAGCGUUUGCUCGUUCCAAUCAAACUGUCGGCUCUCUCAGAUCCUUCAAGCUAAGCGAAAACGUAACCUACGAUUGCAUAGAUAUCUAUAAGCAACCAUCACUUGAUCAUCCUUUGCUCAAAAACCACAAAAUUCAGAUGAAACCAUCAGUUCCAAGACCUGGAUUUAAGAACCAAACUGAUGACAACGAAACAUACAAGAAUAAAAUAGAUUGUCCAGAUGGAACCGUUCCUAUACUGAGAACUACAAAAGAAUAUGUAUCCAACGCUCAGCGUUUCUCGGAGUUGCAUUUCAAUCCUUUAACGGCCGAUAGCCCUGGAACACAUAUAUCUGGAGUGAGAGCAACAAGGGGAGCCCCUUAUCAUGGUGUUGAAGCCUGGUUUACUGUAUUUGAACUGAACAUCGCCAAAGACCAAGCUUCUUAUGCUUCUAUCUAUCUUGGAACCGAGACCAAUUUCAUCUCAGCAGGGUGGAUGAUAAAUCCAGGUCUAUUUGGUGAUCAACGUGUGUGGUCUUACGGAUUUUGGAGGGGCAAAGGUGGAAAAGGGUGUUAUAAUUUGAUCUGUCCAGGAUUUAUUCAAGUAUCCCAAGAUGAUCUGAUUGGUUUCCCAAAUCCACCUUCUUCAUAUGUUGGGUCGUACCGUUUUUCUAUUCAUCAGGAUAAACAAACAGGGAAUUGGUGGCUUACUGAACUUAUAAAAAACAAGCCUAAUGUUGACAUCGGAUAUUGGCCGAAAGAGCUAUUCGAUAGUUUAAGUGAUGGUGCAAAAAUGGUUGGAGCUGGAGGUACCGUUCAAGCUUCUCCUUCAGGUUCAAGCCCUCCUAUGGGUAACGGUCAACGACCAUCUAGACAUUUUAAGGACUCAGGAGUUUUCACAAAUGUUGAAGUUUUGAAUUCCAAGUAUGAGCGACGUAAUAUCAUUUCUGGUCCGGUUGAUGCGUUACUAGAUAGUGAAAAAUGUUAUGGGUUACGAUUUGGAGGAAACUCGUGUGGAGUUUGA